AUGGAGGAGACCCUGCUGACGGAUUUGUGUGCGAUAUGCCAUGUCGUUCCUCCCAAGUACAAAUGCCCACGCUGCUCGAUACGUACUUGCUCUCUCCCAUGCACCCGGCGCCAUAAGCUCUGGUCAGAAUGUUCCGGGGUCCGUGACCCAGCAGCAUACCUAAAACGCAAUGAGCUGGCUACCGAAUCGGCAUUUGACCGCGACUUCAACUUCAUCACUGGCAUCGAACGCACCCUCGAGCGAGCAGAUAGAGAGGCUGAUAACCGCGGAAUCGACCUUGCGCGUGGGGCUCAGUCCGAGCAUCCUGGGGCGGAUGGAACACCGGAGCCCGCGGCGGGCCUUAAGAGGAAGCAUCCCGGUCAGGGCCUUGCCAAGGGUGAGGCUGGAUUCCUGCGUGGUGCCGAAGCUGGCGGAGUGACAGUCAUCCGGGCUCCCAAGGGAAUGUCAAGGAAUAAGCAGAACGGAUCCCGUCUGCAUCCAAAGCACAAAUGUCUUUCUUGGACCAUUGAGUGGAUCACCGCCGAGGGGGUGAAGACCAUCCGGAAUUCUGUCGUGGACACAUGCUCAGUGACAGAGGCCUAUGAUCGGUGCUGUCCACGUCCAAAGGAAUCAGAAUCAGAUGCUGGGCCCGCGAAGGACGAGGCAAGGAAGGAGUCGAGUGUCCCCGCCGAGAGCACAGGCAACGAGACCAUUGGAGAAACCAAGUCUUCAGCUGAGACUGCGGAGGUCACUGCAGCAUCAGAAGCAAUUCACUCUCCUGUUCCUGAUGCACCAGAAGUGCCGGCAGAAGCAUCGACCGAAAUUGACAAUCAAGCGGUCGAGACAGUGCCAGACCAGAGUAUCUCCCCUCACCGUGGCCUCUUCUUCUAUCUUCACCGUCCCCGCACCACAACGAAAAAGCCUGUACUGGUUCCCCUCUUGCAGUCGGCAACCUUGAACGCCACUCUUCGCAAUCGUACCGUGCUUGAGUUCCCCACCAUCUACGCCCUUCCGCUCCGAGCGGAAGAACUAGCAGAAAAAGAAAGCUCGUUCAUUCUGGAAGAGGAAUAUCUUCGAACUGUCGGACCGGAAGAAAAUCCCUUAUCAACCGGAAGCGAUGACGAACAGCCCGAUGGCACACUGCCUGGAUCUUCAGUGAAUCUUCAGAAUGUUGAUGAGCACAAAGUGUUGGAGGUGUUGAAGCAGGAUCUAUUCGAACCGGUGGACACUUCUGUGUAA